GACAACGCGGCAGGCAUCUAAAGGAGGCAUUGCCAUGGCCUUCUUUAUUCUAUGAUAUGGCGCUCUCUUCGGAGGUUGCGUGUGGCGAGCUUAAUCCGUCGGAACUUGGGACGAAAACUUACUGGGAAGAGGCGUAUCAGAAUGAGCUGAAUAACUUCACAAACCACGGUGAUGUGGGUGAAGUUUGGUUUGGCAGCAAGAAUGAAUGUCGUGUUGUCAGGUGGUUGCUGCAGCAUGCUGAGAAAACGAGCCAUAUUCUGGACAUCGGUUGUGGAAAUGGGCACCUUCUUGUACACUUGGCCAAAGAAGGCUUCACCAACCUGACAGGAGUUGACUACGUUGAGAAUGCGGUGAUCCUUGCAAAGGAAUUAGCAGCCAAGGAAGCAGUUUCUGUCCUUUUUGAGGUGGGCGACAUUCUUGAACAGGACCUGCCAUGUCCCAGUUUCUCAAGGAAAUACGACUUCGUCUUGGACAAAGGAACGUAUGAUGCCAUCAGCCUCUGUCCAGACAAUCCGCAAAAAAAACGCAGGUGCUACCUUGAAGUUCUGUCACAAAUCCUUGCAACUGGAGGCCAUUUUGUGAUUGUGUCAUGCAACUGGACACAGCAGGAACUGACAGCACACUUUAAGAGAGGAAUUGAAGUUUUGAGACAGUGGAGUUGUCACUUAAUUUGUCUCCACCGGGCACUGCCAUUCUGUGGCAUGUUAGAUACGGGACCGUUUCCUGAGCCCACUUCGAGUUCCCCAGACCACAUCGAAUCGCACCACAGCUAAUUAAGGAGCGCAGAAACACGGAUACCACAUUCCUGAGGCACGGCACGUGCAAACAAAUUGGCGGACCCCACUUCGUGUGCAGCCGGUGGAGCUAUUCACUGCUUGGCUCUUCCCGAAAGUGAAGCGAGAGCCUGGCACUGUGGCGGGUAAAGUGGGUCCCGAAGCAAGACGGCUGUAAUGCGCCGUGACAACCUGGUGGCGUCGCCCCCAUCCAUGUAUUGUGACGGCGCAUUGCAAGUCAGCAAGGCAAGACCGCAGGAAGAAGAAAGCCCUCGGACAAACACACGAGCAGCGACUCUCUUCGCCGGGUGUGACUCCAUCGCACGGGCGCCUACCAUUGGCCGAAAAUGGCGUCACCUGAGCGGGCUCUCCCAUUGGCCGAACGUGACUUGUCUUCGAGACACCAAAGGGCUUAAAAGACGCAGACCGGAAGCAGCAGAAGAGGAUUCCUAGAGCAUUCCUAGAGCAUUACUUGAUUCAUCUCUUUUGAACUUCUUGCCACGGGCCGCAGCGUCCGAGUUGCUGCCGGCCCGUAAUGACUCUACGACUGUUAAUUGACUCUCACUGUAAAUAAUGUAAAUAAACCUCCCAAGUUUUCAUCCCGACAUCCUCCUCAAC